AUGCCUUCUGACAUCCGGUCCUUCUUUGCGCCAAAGGGUGGUGCACCUCCAAAGCCUGCAGCCAAAAAGUCUGAGGAACCGGCCAAGACCAAGCGCACCAAGGGCCGUCGAGUCGUUGAGGAUAGCGAGGAUGAAGAAGAUGAAGUCGUUGAAGUGAAGAAACCAGCCAAGCCAGCACCGAAGAAGAAGACACAGGAUGAGCCAAAGGGUGUAGCUAUCUCCGCCGACGAUUACUUUGCAUCAACAAAGAGCAGCAAACCUUCGAGUUCGGCGACUCCCAAAAAACCUGCAGCCAAGUCCGACGUCCCGAUACGUGCGAGCCCUCGAGGCAAACCUGCAACCGCGAAGUCUGCAGCACCUGCCAAAAACGGCACAGUUCCCGCUAAACGAAAGACAACGACCUCCUACUCUCACCAUGCGGUUGAUGAUGAUGCCGACGCUUACAUGGAUGAUGGCGAAGAAGAAGAUGAUGAUAUCUUUGCUGCCGAUGCCAAGGGCCGCAGCAAGCGGAAGAACGAUGACUAUGAGGAGGACGAAUCGGAGGAGGAGGAGCUCCCCAGGCCCAAGCGGGUAGCUACACGGGGGCGUCCAUCUGCAGCCAAGGACAACGACGUGAAGGUGACCAAGGCUGCACCUGCAAGCAAGAAGAGAAAGUCUCCUGUCGACGGUUCUGAUGAGUCUGAGGAUGAGAUUCCACGCAAGAAGGCAGCUCCUGCCAAGCCUCGAGCACCUCGGACAACCAAGAAGAAGGAUGAACCUGAGGACGCCGAGAUUCAAGAUAUUCUCAACAGCGUUGCUACUGUCCGAGCCCCUACACCACCACCCAAGGACCCUAAUGCCAAGUUUGACUGGCGAAAGAACGCAUUUGGAGGUGGCAAUGCAGCUGCUCCACCGACGCAAGGAGGGGUUGAGCUUCCCGAGGGCGAAGAUGAGUGUCUCUCUGGUCUGAGCUUUGUUUUCACUGGUGUUUUGCAGACCAUCGGUCGUGACGAAGGCCAGGCGUUGGUCAAGAGGUAUGGUGGCAAGGUAGUCGGUCAGCCCAGCAGCAAGACAAGCUUUGUGGUUCUUGGCGAUGAUGCCGGACCCAGCAAACUGGCAAAGAUCAAGUCCCACGGCAUCAAGACGAUUGAUGAGAAUGGCUUGUUUGACCUGAUCCGCAAGCUUCCUGCAUACGGAGGAAGCGGCAAGGGAGCGCAGAAGGCCCAAGAAAAGAAGAAGGCCGAAGAGGAAAAGGUGAAGAAGCAAGUCGCAGAGAUGGAGGCGGAGGAAAAGGCUCGAAAGGCCGAAGCAGCCAAGGCUGCAAAGAAAGCAGCAGCAGCUGGAGGACCGGCAGCCGGAAAGGCACCAGCAGCCGCUCCUCCUGUGCAGCUGCUGACUUCCAAGUACGCGCCAACACAACUCAGUCACAUCUGUGGCAACAAGGCCCAGGUCGAGAAGAUUCAGAACUGGCUCAGGAACUGGCCCAAGUCUAAAAAGUACAACUUCCAGCGACGAGGCGCUGAUGGAAUGGGAGGUGAGCGUGCUAUUAUCAUCUCUGGACCUCCUGGAAUUGGAAAGACGACAGCUGCGCACCUGGCGGCCAAACUCGAAGGAUACGAUGUCCUCGAGAGCAACGCCAGUGACACUCGCAGCAAGAAGCUCGUCGAGUCCGGAGUCAGUGAUGUCAUGAACAAUACGUCACUUCUUGGCUACUUUGCUGGCGAUGGCAAGGAUGUUGACGCUACCAAGAAGAAGAUUGUUCUCAUCAUGGACGAGGUGGACGGUAUGUCUGCGGGUGAUCGUGGUGGUGUUGGCGCUUUGGCCAAGUUUUGCAAAAAGACAGAGAUUCCCUUGAUUCUCAUCUGCAACGAGCGAAAGCUGCCAAAGAUGAAGCCCUUUGAUCAUGUGGCCUUUGAUAUUCGGUUCAACCGCCCGACCGUGGAUCAAGUCCGAUCCCGCAUCAUGACCAUUUGCCACCGAGAAGGCCUGAAGCUGCCCCCUGCUGUGGUGGAUGCCCUUAUUGAGGGCAGCAACAAAGACAUCCGACAGAUCAUCAACAUGAUUUCGACAGCGAAGCUGGAUCAGACCAGCAUGGAUUUCGACCAGAGCAAGGCCAUGUCCAAGGCUUGGGAGAAGCAUGUCAUCCUCAAGCCAUGGGAUAUCUGCCAGAAGAUGCUCGGCGGUGGGCUCUUCGCGCCCGCGAGCAAGUCGACACUCAACGACAAGAUUGAGCUGUACUUCAACGAUCACGAAUUCAGCUUCCUCAUGAUUCAGGAGAACUAUCUUCGAACAAAGCCCAUGGCUCUCAACGGAAAGGGAUACACCCAACGAGAGUACAACCUCAAGGCUCUAGAGCUUUUUGAUAACGCCGCGGAGAGCAUCAGCGACGGAGAUCUAGUCGACCGCAUGAUUCAUGGCUCUCAACAACAUUGGAGUCUGAUGCCGACUCACGCGGUCUUCAGCACAGUUCGACCAGCGAGCUUUAUCGCGGGUCAGCUGAUGGGCUCCAACUUCACAUCUUGGCUUGGCAACAAUAGCAAGUCUGGAAAGCUGGGCAGAUACAUCCGCGAAAUUCAUUCUCACAUGCGGCUCAGGUCUUCGGGCGAUCACCAUGAGAUUCGCCAGCAAUACCUGCCCGUUCUCUGGGAUCAGCUUGUCAACCGACUGCAGCAUGAAGGCAACGAUGCCGUUGGAGAAGUUAUCGACCUCAUGGACAGCUACUUCUUGACCCGAGAAGACUUUGACGCGAUUCAGGAGCUGGGCGUGGGUCCAAUGGAUGAGGAGCGAGUCAAGAUUGAGACCAAGACCAAGGCCGCUUUCACUCGAACUUACAACGCAAUGUCCCAUCCUGUUCCUUUCAUGAAGGCUAGCAACGUCGUGGCACCCAAGGCUCAGCCCAAGGAGGUUCCUGACCUGGAGGAGGCUGUCGAGGACGAUGACGCAGAUAUUGCUGAAGCACCAGAGGUUGACGAGGAUGAUGACGAGAUUGAUUUCAAGAAGGACAAGUACAUCAAACAACCCAAGGCCAAGAAGGCCACCAAGAAGGCCACCAAGGCGGCUGCCGACGACGAUGACGAGGAGAAGCCGAAGCGAGGCCGGGCCAAGGCCAAGGCUACAGGAACUAAAGGCAAGGGAAAGAAGUAA